CAGCUCAUCCAUGCCAUGGCUGCUUCUUCUCUGAUCUCCACAACCUUCCACUUCUCUUCUCCAUUGUUCCCUCCUCACCCCUCCCCAAUCCGAAAGCUCACCAUUCUUUCCCUCCACAAACUCCCAACCCCAUCUUCUUCAAAUCUCAAAACCCUCAAACGGUCUGUGUUCCCCUACUGCCCUCCAUGUCUCAACAAGCUUCUCCUCACCACCACCACCACCACCACCACCAAGAACAAUCCAUUCUUGUUUGCUCUCGACUCGUUGCUCAUUCUCUGCACUUCUCUAGCUCUGGCCUUGUCCCUGUUCGUCACCGACGUUGACUCGGCGUCUGCGUUUGUAGUCACGCCGCAGAAGAAGCUCCAGACGGAUGAGCUCGCUACGGUGCGGCUGUUCCAGGAGAACACUCCCUCUGUGGUUUACAUCACCAAUCUCGCCGCCAAGCAGGAUGCGUUUACUUUGGACGUGUUUGAGGUGCCGCAGGGGUCUGGUUCGGGGUUUGUGUGGGAUAAACAAGGCAACAUUGUCACCAAUUAUCAUGUCAUUCGCGGCGCGUCUGAUCUCAGGGUCACUCUUGCUGACCAGUCAACUUUUGAUGCAAAAGUCGUGGGAUUUGACCAAGAUAAGGAUGUUGCGGUUUUACAUGUUGAUGCACCCAAGGACAAACUAAGGCCUAUACCGGUUGGUGUCUCUGCAGACUUGCUAGUUGGUCAGAAAGUUUUUGCUAUUGGCAAUCCUUUUGGACUUGACCAUACCCUUACAACUGGUGUUAUCAGUGGACUACGCAGAGAAAUCAGUUCGGCUGCAACUGGCCGUCCAAUCCAAGAUGUUAUACAGACAGACGCUGCCAUUAACCCCGGUAAUAGUGGAGGGCCACUUCUAGACAGUUCAGGGAGCCUUAUUGGGAUAAAUACUGCAAUAUAUUCUCCAUCUGGUGCAUCAUCUGGUGUUGGGUUUUCUAUUCCAGUUGAUACUGUAAAUGGCAUUGUUGACCAGUUGGUCAAAUUCGGGAAGGUCACUAGACCUAUUUUAGGAAUUAAGUUUGCACCUGAUCAAUCUGUUGAGCAGUUGGGGGUCAGUGGAGUGCUUGUCCUAGAUGCACCAGCAAAUGGUCCAGCUGGAAAAGCGGGACUCCUACCGACAAAGCGUGAUUCUUAUGGCAGACUCAUAUUGGGUGACAUCAUAACUUCUGUGAAUGGAAAAAAAGUCACAAAUGGCAGCGACCUGUAUAGAAUUCUUGACCAAUGUAACGUAGGGGAUAAGGUGAUUGUCGAGGUGUUGCGUGGUGAUCAGAAAGAAAAAAUCCCUGUUGUUCUUGAACCAAAGGCAGACGAGUCAUGACUUACCAAAUGGUUGGGCUUGCGUAUUGCCAUACAUCAGAUGGAUUGUCAUUUGUUCUUAAUGUAUACUAGCUUGAUGAUAAGUGUUCUCUUGUACAUAAUUGACCUGUUGUAAUUACCCCUUAUGCUUUGUAUGUAGUUCAAUGCAUAUGAUGUAGAACAAGAACGUGCACAAAAGCAGUGCCGCUCCUUUUAUGACAUUGACACUUCGGAUGUCAAAAAAUUACAUGUGGAUUGGUCUUUGUUUUCCUUAAGGAGAAUCCCAGAGGAAAAUGUAUGCAUAGCUCAAAAGACUACAUAAAAUU